UUCAGAGUUGAAAUAAUCGAUGUGGUUUGCGCUCGUUUUCGCCUUCGUCUAUCCGUUGUACGCGAACACACGGAGAAGACCAAGCAACAUCAUAAAUGUAACGGAAGCUGAUUGCAGACUGCCGGUUGACUUAGGAGAUUAUUUCUUUGAUGUGGAGACAAAAACGUGCUUUGCUUUCAAGUACACUGGAUGCGGCGGGAAUAAGAACAACUUUGUUGAUACAGCCCAAUGUUAUUGGGCGUGCAGAAAACAUUUCAACCAUUGCCAGGGAAAAGACAAAUCUUUUGGCAAAUGCAAUGGACGUAAGGACAAAUGUCCUAAUGGAACAAAAUGCUAUCGUCUUGGUCCCUCGAAUCCGAACAAAGCUGAUUGUUGCGAUAAAAAAGCCCUCGAUGAAUUCAAUGCCGAACUGUUUGCAAACGACGAGAAAGCCUGUGGUAAAAAUAAAACGAAAAUUGGUUACCUCGGCAAGAAGUGCAGUCAUCAAUUUUGUUUUGAAUCCGAAUGCAAAGAAGGAAAAUAUCUCGCUCGCUGUUGCAUUUGAUCGCUAUAAGCUUGCCUUCGCAUUGUAUGCUUUGAUUGCCUUACCGAA